CUUUGCUGUGCGCUUCACUGGAAAUUGCUACAUUGGUACAAGUCGAUGAUUUGUUAGUGCACGUCAUCAGACCGCUUGCUUGCUUGUUGCCUAUUUGACCGAAGUGGAGCUGUCAGUUCAGUACAUAAAAAAAGAAAGAAAAACAAAGAAAAUCAAACAAACAAAGGUUAACCAACAGAAAGAGAUCGGCAGCAUUCGCUCUCUCAUACGUUUAGCAUAGGCUACGGUUCGAGCUGUUUGUUUGAGCAAUUUGAGGGUAACAACAGCUAACGGAACAUGGCUGGUGUGAUGACAGGUUUUGGUAACUUCACUCACGCCGUUGUACGAGCUAUCCCCUCAUCCCUUGCUAAAGAGGCACUGAGGAUGAACGUUUUGGACGUGGACCUGGUGAAAGCUCAGCGGGAGCAUGAGGUAUAUGUUGGGGUUCUGAAGCACAAACUCGGGCUGCAGGUGAUAGAACUCCCCGCCGAUGAGUCACUCCCGGACUGUGUGUUCGUGGAGGAUGUCGCUGUGGUUUGCGGUGACACCGCUCUGAUCACCAGACCCGGGGCUGAGAGCAGAAGGAAAGAGACGGAGGCCAUGCGGCGAGCUCUGAAGGAGCUGGACCUAAACAUCGUUGAGAUGUCAGAUGAGAACGCCACUCUGGACGGAGGAGACGUCCUCUUUACAGGUAGAGAGUUUUUUGUGGGGCUUUCCAAACGCACCAAUCAGAAAGGAGCAGAGAUCCUGGCCGAUGUGUUCAAGGACUAUGCCGUAUCCACUGUCCCUGUCACUGAUGGCCUACACCUGAAGAGCUUUUGCAGCAUGGGAGGACCAGGCCUCAUCGUGAUUGGCUCCAGCGAACCGGCUCAGAAAGCCCUGAAGAUCAUGCAGCAGAUGAGUGACCAUCGCUACAACAAGCUGACGGUGCCUGAUGACAUUGCAGCCAACACCAUCUACAUGAACCUCCCCAGCAAAGGCCAUGUACUGCUACACUGCACCCCAGAGGAGUUCCCAGAGAGUGCCAAAGUGUUUGAGAAGCUGAAGGACCACAUGUUGAUCCCAGUGUCGAACAUGGAGAAGGUCAAGGUGGACGGCGCCCUCACCUGUUGCUCCGUUCUCAUCAACAAGAAGGCCAAAGUCUGAUCUGAGCAUGCUCCGUUAGGGGUCUCUCAGGCAGACCUGGGUUCAAAUACUAUACUUGAAAUCUUUCACAUACUUUGAUGUGCCAGGAGAGCGGGGUUUGCAAUUUUGGAACUAUACUAUUGGGCCAUUAUUAAGCCAGGCAAGCUUACUCAAGCAGACAAUGUAUUUAUCAUGAUUCUGAAUAGUAUUUGAACCCAGGUAUGCUCUCAGGGCAGGGUCGGCCCACUGCUGAACAAGUCUGUUUCUGCUGUGUUACCCCUCGAUAACAGAAUGUUAUCCAGGCUACCCCCCCCCCCCCCCUCCUCUGAAAGUGCUCAUGUGUCAAUCAUUCCCUGUGCUUACUGGUCAAUGUUUACAACCCUUUAAAACAACCCCUUACAAUAGAACACUGGAGAGGCCAAAAGGAUGGUGUUUCAUAGAAAAGUAUUUUUUUUAAACAACUGUGGAGGAUCUAUAUAAUGUUACGGUAUAGUGCAGUAUGCAUAGUGCAGGAGCCGGUUUAUGAUGAAUAAACAAAAAGCAAAUCCGCCAAGAAACAUUUACAAUCAUCUGCUGAUUGCGCUCUCCGUAUUUAAUUUAGGAUUCAAUUCAUCAUGAUUCAUAGUCAUGCCAGGUAACAAGUACAAGUUCUUAUUGAGGGGUGAAAAUGUAUGAAAUCCACCCAGUUAUCUUAAUGAUCUGGAAAUUGGCAUAAUGAGCGGUUCCUCUCUCUGCCAUGGAGACCUGAGUGCUCUUACUACAUUAUUGUUGAUUCAAAAAGAAAUGUAUAUGAUUAUUGAACAGGAAUGUUGAUUGAUCCCUAGCUGUGAUGAUGGUGCUAGUUAUUCCAUCCAGCUGAACAUAAGGUCAAUUCCUCUUAUUAAACUGUGAUUUCUGACAUCUAAAGCCAGGGUAGGAAACAAAUUACAAAAUGCACAUGCAAUUGUCAUCAAACAAAUGCCUUUUAAAAACAGUCAUAGGAUGUUCAUUUCCUACUACCCUGUCUUAACCUAAGCUGUGCCCACUUUAUGAAGGACUGAGCACUACUUCCCUGCCGUGUAUGACAUGUUUGUAAUGACCAAUACUUGUCAUUUCUCGUUACACUAUACAUACUUAUAACAUGUCUCAAUUUGCUGUGUGCCUCCAUCUUAAGUGGCUUAAUAACUACUGCUGUAUAGUCUAGUCAAGAAGCCAUUAUAGGGGUUUCUUCGAUGUUUUAACGCCCUUUAUUGUCCCUGUAUUGACUACUGUAUUCCACCGGUAACUAACAAAAAUAAAGAAACACUUAAAUGAGGGAUACAAAGUAUACUGAACACAAAUAUAAAAACACAACACGUAAAGUGUUGGUCCCAUGUUUCAUGAGCUGAAAUAAAAUGUCUCAUAAAUGUUCCAUACCCACAAAUUUGUUCAUAUCCCUGUUAGUGAGCAUUUCUCCUUUGCCAAGAGAAUUCAUCCACCUGACAGGUGUGGUAUAUCAAGACGAUUAAACAGCAUGAUCAUUACACAGGUGCACCUUGUGUUUAUUAAACUAUGGGUUGCUACCAUGUUGUUGUCAUGUAGUGUUGCUACCAUGCUGUGUUGUCAUGUGUUGCUGCCAUGCUAUGUUGUCGUCUUAGGUCUCUCUUUAUGUAGUGGUGUGUUGUCUCUCUUGUCGUGAUGUGCGUUUUGUCCUAUAGUUUUAUUACAUUUAAUUUUUAUUACAUUUAUCCCAACCCCCAUCCCCGCAGGAGGUCUUUUGGUAGGCCGUAAUUGCAAAUAAGAAUUUGUUCUUAACUAACUUGCCUAAUUAAAUAAAGAUACAAAAUAAAUAAAAGGUCACU